AUGCUGACAAAGCUAUACCCGUACAAGGCAGAUGUAGCAGGAGAAAACUUUCAGCGGCUCCGGGAGCUCCAAGAGCUGGAAAUGAUGUACAUCGCCAAGGAUGAGGGGAAAAGCGAAUAUGCCAAGAAGCAGCUUGAAUUCACGCGAGCUGAAAAGCGUCUGACACUGCGUCGUGGUGCACAAGUCAUGCUUAUCAAGCACGUGACGACAGCAGCAGCAUAUGCUCCUCUUGCUCCACCCUUGGUUGCUGGUCGCGACCUCCAGACGAGAACAAGCCGCCACAAGUGA